GUGACUUGUAAUUUGCAUAAAUAUUUUAUUUGCAUAUAAAGUAUUUCUAGUUUGAUAUAUUCUUUUAUAUACACAUCCUCAAUCACUUCAAGUUAGUGUUUGCUUUGUGGCAGUUUAACAUACCGACUGAGACAUUUACUUAAAGAAAAUUAUGAAUUUCGUUCACUUUGGUAUCGUUUUGGGAAUUCUCUGUACAAAAUACACAAAGGCUGCCUGCCCAAAUGGCUGUACUUGUGAACGGCAAAAUCUGGAUUACGGCGAAUUUGUUUCAUGCACUGGGACUAACAUUGUUAGCUUUCCUAAAGACAUCUCAAGAUCUAAACAAACUAUGUAAGUAUCCUACAUAUUUUUUGUGCGAAGAAGCAAUAUCAUUUUGCUACAGGGCACAUCAAGUUUUUCUGAUAGUUUUAUCGAAGUUUCAAACUCGCCGCCGAGUCACGGCAUCGCUCACUGAGCUAAAUUUACACUAAAUUGUCAAUAACUGUCAUCGAUCUAUUUGAGGCAACGAGCUUUGAGAUAGUUUCAGACCAUUUCAAGCCAAAUAAUGGCCUGAGCUAGGAUAUAUUUCGUAGCAAGCAAUGCUUUGAAUACGCUGUUCAGAACUGAAUCAUUUAUAGUUUAUGACUUAUGUGUUGUUGUGUAUAUAUAGACUUUUAUACAUUUGCCAUUUGGUUGCCCUUCCGCACUUAAGUUAGUACUUUGUCGUUGAUAAGCUUUGUUUACUUUAGUACAUGUCCUAAAAUCAAAUCGGUUGACAAACUAUUCUAACUUGGAAUUUUAAAAAUGCUUCUUAAAUAAGCUUCGACCUCUAUGCUUCGACUGGCAUUAUAUUUAUAACCGUGCAGGUUUAAUUGGACUCGUUAAAAUGUAGCCGCCUUACGCUUUUGUUAAGACGAAAGUUUAUACCGCAUGGAAACGUGAUUAAUCAUCAAUGAUUGCUAUUUCAGUUGCAAAUGGCAAUACAUCUCAAAGUGUAUAUAUGUCCAGUGUCCCCUAGGAAAAGCAAUAUAUUAUAUUUUGGUUUAAUUUUAAUUUUUAGUACACGUAAGUAUUUAUUUUUGGUAGUGAAAUUCCCCCGAAUUUCGCCCUCGAAAGCUAAACAGCCUAAAGGCCGUUUUCGAUAUUUGCAAACACUUUUGAUCCAGCAAGUUUGAGAUUAUCUUGUAAGUAUAUUGAAUGUACAUGCUCACUGCUAAGUUAAGCAUGGUUAGAUCAUGUAGAGCAGUGGUACAUAUUCUUGAAUGCAGGCUACCCUAAAAUGACCGGCACAUGUUGUACAGUCUACAGAACUCAUCGGUGAGAAGAGUUCAGCAUGGUGAAGUAAAUGUUUUUACUGUAUAGGCUACCAAACGGUGUCCCCCUGUGCAUGUGUUCUAUCAUUGUUAGAUCAUGCAGACGGGUAGUACAUGUUCUAGGGUAUUCUAAACUGUAAAGUAAUCUGAUGUUACACAUGCGCAGAUCGUAAGUUGAGUUAAAUAUCUCCUGUAUUCUCUCCUAUUUGACUAAUAAAUACCAGCUUUAGCUGGGGGGCAAACUAUUUGCAAUUCACAAGUGUUCAUUAAGUGCCAUAUUCCAAUCUCCAAGGAGCAUUUGAGUGGCUUGAUAGAAUGAUUCAGACACUAAAAGCAGCAUGUGAAAAAUGCAAUUAUGUCUAUUCUAUAAAGUCUAUAAAACCCUCUUACAAGUAACAAGGUAUUAUUGUUAUCUGAUCCAAUCUAGUAUCUUUGGCUCUGGAUACGAGAUUGUAUCGAUCUAUGACUAGUUUUCUAUAUAUGCCUGUGUAGACGUGUCUAGAACCAAUUAGAAACAAGACAAUGUAACUACAUUAUCCGUCCAUCGGCGGUAAUUGCGACUGCGAAGAUAAUUUUCUGGUGCAAUAUGGCAUGACCACGAGGCCAGCCAGUAUAUGAUUAGUACCGUUACCAGUUAGAUAGGAUUAAAAUAGGCAGUUCGCCAAUUCAUACAAUACGAUGGGACCCAUGAGUGACUCCAUGCACGGUUUGGUUAAAAAAAUUCGAAGGCGAAAGCUAUAGCACACUAACCAGCCCAGAUUUAAUAAACUGAUCCUUGACAGGCCAAGCUUGAAAUGGCGUUUCAACCCUAGGUAUUGUUCAGAGACAAAGCACGAUAACAAAUCUUAAAGAUAUAAACAGGCAACCAAAAUCACCAACAACGAAUUAAAAAUGUAAAUUUUCGCAGCCCAGACAAGCGGAACGAAGUGGCGCCCUCGUUCAAAGAGCGUUCUAUUUACUCACGAAUUCUGUGGUCUUAACUGUUAUUUGCUUUGUAACGAUAAAUGGUUGUCUUGAUCUUAUUGCAUUAAACUAACUUAACUGCACUGAUUAAUGCCUAAUAACAAGUAGUUUUGUCGAAAAAACCCUGAAAAAACACGCGCAGAUGAAGUCUGAUUCAAGCUAUAGGGAGUUAAUACAAGCUGUCAGUAAAAAGUAAAUUAAAAAGAAGCUGAAAUUCGACAAGUUAGUGUGUUCAACGGUCUUGAAGGCACUGUCGGUUCAUUUAUAUGACUAUGAUAAUGUUGCAAUUAUGUGGUAUAUAAAUUAUUAAUUAUAAUCGAAUACAUGUUUGGCGUGUUCUGAAUAAAUAUUUACUGCCGUGCCUGUUAAAAGGCGGCUCUAAAUCACUUCAUGUUUGCUUAAUUUCGGUCAUUGUAAAUUGCGGGAAAAUCAUUAAAGAUACUUGCUAUGGCCUGUGCCCAUUGUGGAAUUUUAAUUUUUGGUCACAUCAUUGAAAUGAGGAGCCCACAUAGAUUGUUUUAAGCGGGGGUGUGCUCUGAACUUGCAACUGAAAGCUGAAGGACGCAAGCUUAAUAACCAGCUGAUCGAGUUUUCUAAGGCUUUCUUUUUUUCCCUCUGGCAACCACCUUAUAAGAAUUCUGUGACCUUAUGAUUCAUGUCUGAUCAUGGAGCCAGAUAUAAAAAGAAAUUCGUAAUCGAAAAUGAAUCAGAUACAUUAGAAUAUUGAUUACUCGGUUGAGUAGAUCAGAUAAGUAGAUAUGGCAAUUAUAGUCAGUAUUAUGGUCGCUAAGAGUUAAGCUAAGUUUUAGACUUUUAGUCCAAGAAGCACCUUAUCGAGAAAUAUGCCCUGCAAAACAUUUUUACAUUUUAAUUAAACCGCUUGGCUUUUAUCUUUGGCUUAUAGACUUAGGCUUAGGUUUAUAUCACGCAUUUGGACAAUUCUUAAAAUAUUUUAAAUAAAAAUCUCUUUCAAUAUUGGUCACUUCAAAACAAGGGUGUUCAUGUCAUAAUAUUGUUCUCAUUUUAAGUAUCUGGGCGGAUAAUGACAAGCAGUAAACACGGCGUCAUUUAUUUUAAGACACUCGUGGAAAUCCUUUAAUAGGCAAAUCUGAAUGGCAUUUUCAAACAAUACCAAAGUACGUAAAACCGUUUUAAUUGUUUCCGCGUGGGCACAAACUAAAGUGCAAGCCAAACACAGAAUGGCACAGCCAAACAUGCUUAUAUAGGCAAUAAUUUAGACCUUUGAAUUAGAGACAUAUUUCUACCGCAUGAAUUUGGUGUUUUACUAUUGUAUCUCAGUCACUGUUAAUACAGUUAAACACUUCCUAAUUCAAAACCUAACCCUAAAACCUAACGUCCAGUAAUAAGCAUAUUAAAACAGGCUGUGACGGAUUAUUAAAUAGAAUCUAGAAUUUCAGCUGUUGUAUGUAUUAAGACCUACAUAUUUUAUUAUUUUUAUAUUAACGCCUUAAUAGGCUCUUAGGCCAAUGUAACGAUAAGAAUUCAUUUGAGAUAUUAGAACCCCUGUUUCAAGUGACCACUCUCUCGCUAAGCAUCGGAACAUGUUUCUCUCGAAAAGUAAAAUCCAUAAACGUUGCCCUAUAUGUAAAUAGUGGAAUCGAUACGUUUCAGUCGAAAAGGUUUAUAAAAGAUUCUUAAUUGAAAUAUCAAUGUUCCUACGCACGUAUCCCACCAUUGUUGCCAUAAUAAUUUCGGGGGCCGAGUAAUGGAACAGGAAUUGAUAGUUUAAAUUUUUGCCUGCGUGGGUCUGUGUGAUUUCUUUGUGCAACGGACUUUCGCAUGGAUGUUUUGUCAUAUCAUGAUUGUUAUGUAGCAACAGCCUCGUACCCAGGCUCUUUAGUGAUUAAUAGCGGCUUCAGAGCUUUGAGCAAGCUUUAGGCGCACGGUGGUGUAACCUCCCCAAGAAUCCCCGCGCGCCUAAAAGCUCUGAAGUCGCUAUUAAUUACUAAAGAGCCUGGGUACGAGGCUGAUGUAGCAACAUGGACCACGUGCAUGGACCAAUACAUAUGUCCUGAUGCGCCCCUUUGCAUGACGUCACAAAUAUGUUAAAUGACUGGAUGGCAUGGAGAACAGCGUGGUUUUCAAAACAACGAAUUGGCAAAUGAAAUAUUCCGAUCACAUGAUCGUGGGCUAAAUAAUAUUUUCCUCCACCACGAUGGUCUGUCUGAGUGAGAAAAUGUUAUGAUCAGUCUUUUUAGUUCUUCAUUAUAUGUAGCAAUUCUUCAUCAUAUGUAUUUGGUGGCAAAUAACUUGAAUUGAGAGUUGCUUAGUUAAUGAGUCAUCCACAAUUAUAUUGCUUCUCUUCUGUAAGUGUCAACAGCAUUUUGAAGUGAACACCAUAUGUUGCCCCGGAACGCUUAUAUAUACUGAUCAUGGCCAUGAAUUAAUCAUAAACUACUCUUUUUUUAGCCUGUUAAGUAACACGAAUGUGGAUACUAUUCCAAAGGAUGCCUUUACAAAUUUGCCAAAUUUGAUAAGAAUGUGAGUGAAGGAUUAAUAUUUUGUAAAUGUUGUAAAAUUUCCUUAUGCCAAAUUUUACACGAAGACUCGACUUGGUGUUAUUGUUCUUGACAACUUAAGCGUAAUAAGAAAAUAGCUCUCUCCACUUGUUAGUUGCCAUUUACAAGCUACCUGCUUACAACUUGAGUUGUACUGUGUAAAUCAAGCACACAACUCACUUAUAACAACGUCAACGAGUUGUGUGCUUGAUUUAAUUACAGUACAACUCAAGUUGUAAGCUGGUUGCAUGCGACAGUUUUAGGCAAAGGUUGUGUAGUAUGAAUUGGCCUUUAUAUAUAUACCUUAAUAAUGUACCUUCCAUUCUGUAGAUUUAUCAACCAAAACAAGAAACUUCGGACCCUACCGUCUGGUAUUUUUAAUCACACUGUUCUGAAAAAACUUGAAGUUGUGUAAGUUUAUUGUUGGUUACCCAUUGUUGUUUAUUGUUUUGUUUCCUGUCGUUCUUUAGUCCUUUUUCAAAUAUUGAGUUUUGUCAUGUGCUGAAUUAGUCAUGUGCUGAAUUGUUUGUUUGUUGUUUGUUGCUUGUUGCUUGUUGUUUGUUGUUCAUUACACAAUUUUUCUGAACUAAUGGUUCUACUGUUUUCAUUUUAGCAAUCUCAACCGCAACAGUCUAACGCGCGUUCCAGAUCACCUGUUUAACAAUCUCCCAAAGUUGAGACAAGUGUAAGUUUUUACUGUAAAGGAUGAUAUAAAUUCCCUUCAUAUUGAAAAAAAAACACUCUUGCAAUAAAUCUGUACGUGUCUAAAAGCACAGAAUACUACACAGAAGUCCAUCUCCAUUGUUUUUUGCGUAAGCUCUAUUCGUCAUGAUUCGUCACUCAGCAAGUACCGUAAACAGAAGCAGUCACCCCCCUGAACAUACGCCAUUUUUAGUAUUUCCAGGGGGGUGACUGCUUCCGUUUACGGUACUUGCUGAGUGACGAAUCAUGACGAAUAGAGCUUACGCUAAAAACAAUGGAGAUGGACUUCUGUGUAGUAUUCUGUGCUAAAAGGCUGUGUUGAUGUAAUAUUUCAAAUCCGGACUAUGAAGACUGGACUCGAUUUCAAGUCCGCGCAAUUUGAUCAAGUCCGAGGCGAAGCCGAGAAAUGACAUCUCAUACGAAUAAAUCACCACUUAAAGUGAGGUGAAUUAAUUUUGACCAGGUAUCCAGUGUUAUCAAGUGAGAAAAAGAAAGUAGUAUGGUGGGCUCAUGAAUUAUUAAUGAGUUUGAGUUAGAUUAGGGAAAAACGGGUUGCGUAUAUUCAGGAUCCGAGGGACUUUAACUCAUAAUCACAUUGAGCGUCAGUGUUCUCCCCUUGAUGAGUAAAAUCGUCUGACGUUAAACAGGGUGAAUAAUAAAGUAGGCUGAUGAUUUUGCUCAUGAAUUAUAUUGUCAUUGAAGAGUGUGAGAAUUAACAAUAGGCUACUUCUACUAAUAAUGUUUAUUUUAUUCAAAUAGAUAUAUAAACGGUAAUGAUUUAUUGGAAUUUCCAUCGAACACAUUAAGGAAUUUACCAAGCCUGAGUCAGCUGUAAGUUUGCUUUAAUAUCAGUUAAUUUGUUGUACUCUAUGUUGUAUGAACAAAAUGAAUGCCAAUCUGGAAAAUGAGUGUUUUAACAUCAUGUUCUGAUAUAAAAACACAUCUUAUCACAAUCUUAUGUUUCUUUACUAACUUUAUAAAUGUGUUUCUGGAUAAUCAAAACAUGAUUUUAUAACGCAUGAUGUUACAUAAUUUUGAGGACCACAAGUUUGUCAAUCUUAUAUUGAAAAAAAUAUAGUUUUUAUCUCAACGCUUAAUUUCCGGAUUAGUAUUCAUGAUUAAUUUUGUUAGUUGCGGCAAAGGUUUCUAAGCAGUUGUAUGUAUAUAUCUUUGUUGUAUUUUAUAGUUAUUGAGUCUUGUACUGUAUUCUACAUAUAUUCAAACACUCAUUAAUAAUUCAUAAGCGUGCAUGUAUAUUGGCAAAUCAUGUCAACCAUAAUAUGUCACGUGAAGAGGCUUUAUACCUGAUAAAACUCAUCUUCAUUUAAUAGUAUUCUUUAUAUAAAAAUCCUUUCUAAUUAGCAUUCUUUAUAUAAACUGAAUAUUAAUGAGACGGCAUCUAUUGUAGUCGUCGUGUUUGAAGCUAUUCAAAACACUUGUAUAGUUGUGUUUUAUCAUAUCUAAAAUGCUCGUGCUGCGCAGUCGCAUUUUAAAUAUGAUUGAACACUCCUACGUGUGUUUUAAAUAGUACAUAACAUAUAGCUACGUUUCGCAAAGCACUAUCACGUGCAGCAGAUGGUGACCAACCUGCAGUUAUCAGAGUGAAAAAAUAAUGUUCAUUCUUUCCAUGCAUUAUAUGUUGUACGUAUAUGUCUUAUCUUUGGAGACAAAUAAAUUGAGCGAUUUCGUUAAAUUUGCAUGCUCCUAUAACUAAGUAUAACUACCAACAGUUCCCAUCAACCUAGUCCCCAUCGGUUGCCUCGUACGUAAUGCGUGCUAAAUAACAUCCAUCAAUUUAUUGUUGUUUAUUUUGUUUUCUAAAUGUUAAUUUUCUACAUCGUUGUUUUGCAGUCAUCUUGAAAAAAAUAAUUUGACGUCGCUUCCUGAAAAUUUAUUCGAUGACUCAAUGACACAAGUUGUUUAUGCGUAAGUUGGUAUAUAAAAAUGAUAUAAAUGUUUCAGUGUAACUUUCAUUAAUAGUUCAGCCGGAAAGAACACCAAAGAUUCCAUGAAGGAUCUUCUAA